AUAAUUCCUGAUCUGGCUAUAUCCGUAGGUCGAACCCAGCAGUAGACACCUGAGGGGGUUCUCGUGGGUGCCAUCCCUCCCGCAUACCAUGCUGCUGUCUCCUCAGGCGGAGAGGAACUGGGAGGAAGUGUGCUCGUUGCUUCAGGAGGCGCUGGAGGAGCAAUCGCACCGGCAGCUCUUCGCCCUGGAGCUGGGAUCCGGAACCGGGCAGCAUGUCAUCCGCUUUGCCCAGAAGAUGCCCUUCGUCACCUGGCAGCCGUCCGACAUCCAAGAGGAGGCUCGGCAGAGCAUCAGGGCAUACAUCGCCGCGACCAACGUGACGACGGUGCUGCCACCUGUGCACCUGGAUGCCAGUGAGCCAUGGGAGAAGUGGGCGGGGGUCUCUCGCGGUUCCUGUGAUGUCAUUGUUGCAAUCAACCUACUCCAAUACAGCCCCUUCAAGACAGCACAGGUCGGCUCAAGAUAUACAAUUUACACCUAGUGCAGCUUCAAGUAACUCACAAGUUCCAAAAAUGCACAUUGGGUUAAUUCUCUGUAGGGCUGAAGUCU